AUGUCUGACGUGGAACGAACAAAACUGUCCGGUCACCAGUAUAAAAAACGACGGCUGGAAAAUGAAACCCAAAGACAAAAACAAGCUGGCGCUUUAAAGACUUAUUUACAGAAUACGUCGAGUAGUACCAAAACAAAAGACGGCUCAGAGAAACCAACAUCAAAUCUGGUUAUAGAAGAAAAGACGGAAUCGUCAAAGAGUGAUGAUGAUAAAAAAAUUGACAAUAUUUCUAAAUCGACCAGAACUGGAUCAAAUCCACUGCCAAAUGAAAACACUUUAAAAAUUGGCAUCAACCCCACUCCUACGGAAAACGAACUACAAACUCUCAGCACAGAUCCAGCAUUGUGGCCAAGAAUUUUGGGAGAUGCCGAUAGGAGUUUUCUCAUGAGGCAAGGUCCACCUGAGCCAUUGUAUAAUUACAAAUUUCCGUCCGAUGACACUGGUCGAAAAUUUAGCGCCAAUUAUUAUAAUUCCCUUGCCAAAGAGGGUUUUAAAAGCUGGAAACACCUCGUUGAAACCUUAAAAGACCAUGAAAUUUCCAAAAAUCAUAUUCAGACCCAGAAAUCAUGGCUGGAACUGAGUCAAAGGUUAAAGGGUUGUAAAACUAUAGAUGCGGCUGCUCAAAGAAUUAUCAAUGCUGAAACAAACCAUUGGUACGAGGUGCUUCUAAGAAUCGUAGCAAUCACUAAAAUGCUCGGUAAAAAGUGUCUGGCUUUUCAAGGUACAAGCGACAAGUUGUUUGAGCAUAAUAACGGUAACUUUUUGAAAAUAGUUGAGCUACUAUCUGAAUUUGAUCCGAUUAUGGAAGAACACGUGCGUAGAGUGCUCAAAAAAGAGGAGACUAAAGCUCACUAUCUCGGAAAAAAUAUACAAAACGAGAUAAUAGACCUGCUGCAUCAGAGUGUCAAAUCUGAUAUUAUUAAUCAAAUAAAAAAAGCCAAAUACUAUUCCAUAAUUUUAGAUUACACUCCUGACGUUAGUAAAGUGGAGCAAAUGACUCUUGUAAUCAGAUAUGUUUCAAUCAAUAAAUCUGAUUCGAAUGAGGUUGAAAUAAAAAUUAGUGAAAGCUUUUUGGGUUUCCUUCCAGUUGAAAGGUCCACUGGAAAACAAAUGUCUGAAAUUAUAAUUAGAGAACUAAAUGAUUUGGGUUUGAAUUUGCAGGAUAUGAGAGGGCAGGGAUAUGACAACGGGGCCAAUAUGAGGGGCGGUAAAGCAGGAGUGCAAUCUAGAAUACAAAAUGUGAAUUCGAGAGCAUUCUACGUUCCGUGUAGAUUAACUUUGAAACCAUUGAGUGACACUAGAUGGGAGAGUAGGAUAGAGGCCUUAAAGCCUUUAAGAUUUUAUAUGGGGGAUGUUUACGACGCAUUGCUAAGUAUUUAUGAAAACCAAGAUAUUGAUAAUUUAAUAAGAGACGAAGCCUCGGGUUUAUUAAAUUGUAUUAAACAGUUCAAGUUUUUGUGUUCAAUCGUUAUUUGGUAUAAAAUAAUAAACUGUAUUAAUCCAAUAAGCAAGCUGUUGCAAACAAAAGGUUUCGAUUUAGCAUCUGCACUUGAUCUUCUACAAAACUGCAAAAAAUUCUUUGAGGAUCUUCGAUCGGAUAAGUCCUUCAAUGAAACUAUUGUUGAUGCAAGAGAAUUGGCUGACGAAAUUAAUGUUGAGGCUAAUUUUGAAUCAACAGUACCACGACACCGCGUAAGAAGAAAGAAAACGAACUUCUCAUAUGAAGCACGAGAUGAAACGAUCAAAGAUCCCAAAGAACAAUAUAAGACAGAAUUUUUUUAUUUUACAAUCGAUCGAGCACUAAAUGCAUUAGAUGCUAGAUUUGAACAACUCAGUCAUCAUAGUAACUAUUUACAAUUCUUAUAUGAUAUAUACGAUUCAAAAACCAUGUCUAAAGAAACGCUAUUAACACACUGCAAGGAUUUGGAAAGUAUUUUAACUGAUGGCGAUUCUGUUGACAUAAAUGGGGUAGAACUAACAGAGGAAAUUUCUGCGGUUUCUGCACUUUUAGGCAAAAAAGAAAGCCCAAACGAUGUACUCAAAUUAUUAACAACGUUAAAUUUUGCCCCAAACCUAAAUGUUGCCUUGAGAAUAUUGCUGACUUUACCAAUAACUGUAGCAAGUGGGGAAAGAAGUUUUUCUAAAUUAAAAUUGAUCAAAAACUUCUUACGCUCCACUACCACACAAAAUCGUCUCAAUAGUUUGGCUAUUUUAGCGAUUGAGCAUGAAAUCGCAGAUCAAAUAAACUUAAGAGAAAUAAUAAAAAAGUUCGCAGAAUUAAAAUCAACGGAUCCCAACCCAACGGAAGGUAGUGCUCCCAAAAAAAAGGAUCACAACAAAAUUGGUGGCAGCGUCGGGAUAGACUGGAGAUCGAAAGACUGGUGA